AUGAAAAAAACAUGUGAAGUAUGUAAAAAAAAAACAUUUCAAUAUGUUUGCCCAUCUUGUGAAAUAGUUUAUUGUAGUCUUGAAUGUUACAAAGGGCAUAAUAAUAAAUGUGUUACUAAUUUUUUAGAAAAUCAAGUCAAUGAAAAAAUAAAAAAUAAUAUAGUUAGAGAACAUGAUAUAAAAGAAUUUAAAUUUAAAUUGAAAAAAUUUUAUGAUGAAAAUAUUGAAGAAAAUUUUUCAUGUGAUAAAAAUAAUGAUAAUGAGCAUAUUGAUGAUGAAAAUAAUCUAAAUACAGUUGAAGAAGCUAUUUUAGGGAAUGGAUCUACCAAAUUUAAAGAUGAAAAAAUAAAAAAUGGCAAGGAAAAAAGUCAAAGAGCUAGUAAUGAAAAUGAAUAUGAAAAUAUGGAGCAUAGUGGAACUGAUGAUAGUGAAACUGAUAAGACUAGUGGAUAUUCAAAAAAGUGGUGCAUAAGCAAUAAGCGAUAUAAAGUGCUUACUGAUUUAGCAUUAAAAGACAAAUUAACGCUAGAAGAUUUAAAUCAAACUGAAAAAAAACAAUUUUUAUCAUUUUUAAAAAAUAAUGAUAUGAACUUAUAUUUAGGAACAUUUGACCCAUGGUGGCUUAAUUGUGUUAUAAAAAAAAUGGAAAUACCUGAACAUAUAUGUUGUAACAAAAAUGUAAAUAAAAAUGUUAUUUUCAUAAUUGUUGAAAUAAUAUAUUCUUAUUGUUAUUUAUUACGAAUAUAUAAUAAGUCUAUAUAUAAUAAAGAGUUUUGUUAUUUACUAUUAGAAUUAGCGAGUUCAUUAAACCGAUCUAAUAUACCAGAAUCAAACGUAUUAAACACGAUUAAUAACUUAUUUCAAAGAAUACUUGAAAAUAAUGAAAUUGCAAGAGAAAAAAAUAUUUUAUAUAAUGUUAUAACUGAUGUGACAAAAAUAUUAGAUUUAAAAGAUUUGGUUCUUAGGUGUUUAUAUAAAACAAAAAAAAUAUUUAAAAAAGAAAUUGGAAAAAUAAAUAAAAAAAAAGAUCAAUUAUACAAUAAAGGAAAUAAUGCUUCAGAAAUUAUUAUGAUUUUUCAAGAUCAAAAACUUUUUAAAUACAUCAAUAAAAAAAUUAAAUUUCUCUAUAGUUAUGCAAAUUAUCAUUUUGAUGAUUUUACAAAACCAAAAGAACAACUAUCAAUGUUUUACAAACAACAAGCCAGUUUCAUACAAUCAAAUGAAAAAAGGGAAGUUGUUUUGUCGGCCAAAAAUUAA